AUGUCUAAAGCAAUACUGUUAAAUGGUCUAAACCCUUUCGAACCACGUGGUGACCCGAACACGCUAAGACAAACUUGGGAUAGAUGGUUACGAAGUUUUGAACUAUUUGCUGUGGGGAAGGGAGUAAAAGACAAAGACCAAAAGAAAGCAUUAUUACUGCAUUGUGCAGGCAAUGAAGUGCAAGACAUAUUCUUUACUCUUCCGCCUGGUACUGGAGAUGAUGUUUAUGUUCAGACAGUUAAUGCAUUAGAUACAUACUUCAAAGGAAAGGUAAACGUCCCAUACGAGAGAUAUUGUUUUCGCAAACUAAAUCAAGAAGAUGAAAGUAUAGAACAAUUUAUCGUCAGACUGAAACAACAAGCACAACUGUGUAAUUUUGACAAAUUAGACGAUGAAAUCCGUGACCAAAUUAUUGAGAAAUGUAAAUCUCACAAACUCCGAACCAGAUUAUUGGAGCAAGGUCAAGAUCUCACAUUAGAUCAAUUACGAACAAUCGCGUUAACGUUAGAAACGUCACAGAGUCAGGCCAGGAAAAUGGAAAAUCCGCAAACCUCCACUAUCAGUACAUCUGUUCAUAGUAUACAGCAGGCUAAACAGGGAGGGAGUCAACAACACAAAGGAUCAUGUUACAGAUGUGGUUUAAUGGGACAUUAUGGAAGAGAUCCCCAGUGUCCAGCAAAGGGUAAGAAGUGUAAGAAAUGUGGUCAAAUUGGGCAUUUCUACAAGUGUUGUAAAACCAAAGGGAAGGGAGACAGCCCUAUGAACUCUCACACAAAUAACCCCUAUAAGAAAACACACCCUAAAUGGAAAAAAGGAAAAGUACACGCAGUCGAAAUGAAGAGUGACAGCGACGCAGACAGUGAUGAAUAUGCUUUUAAGGUGACCCAUACGUCAAGGCCCUCCGGAUGUUUUACGUUGGAGGUGGAUAAACAAAAAGUAGAGUUUGUGAUUGACAGUGGGGCAACGGUAAAUAUUGUGGACAAACAGAUGUGGGAAAACCUUAAGGUGAAUCAUAUUGAGUGUAGGUCACAGAAGACUGACAAGAAAUUAUUCGCAUAUGGUGCUAAAGAUCCGCUGAAGUUAAUUGGAAAGUUUACUACCAAAGUUCGUGUUCCGGAUACAAACAGUCAAACAGAAACAGACAUUUAUGUGAUGGACGGGCAUGGACCAGCACUAUUGGGAAAAUCCACCGCUACUAAACUUGGGAUUUUGAGAGUUGGGGUCAAUGCUGUCAUGGAUUGUUUGACCAGUACAGAUGAGGAGAUAUUUGAUGGUGUAGGGAAACUUAAGGAAUAUAAGUUGAAAUUACACAUUGAUGAGACUGUGAAUCCAGUAGCUCAACGCAUGUAUCGAGUACCUUACAGCCUUCGUCAAAGGGUUAGUGACAAGAUUGAGGAACUAGAGGCUAAAGAUAUCAUCGAGAAAGUCAACACUCCAUCGUCGUGGGUGAGCCCUGUAAUUGUCGUGCCUAAACCAGAUGGUGACAUUCGUCUCUGUGUUGAUAUGAGACAAGCGAACAAGGCAAUUGUCCGAGAACGACACCCCAUUCCAACUGUGGAUGAGAUCAUGUACAACAUGAAUGGCAGUCAAGUAUUCAGUAAGUUGGACAUGAGACAUGGGUACCACCAGAUAGAAUUGGACGAGGACUCACGUGAUAUCACAACUUUUGUCACACACACAGGAUUAUACAGGUACAAACGUUUAAUGUUUGGAAUUAGCUCAGCUCCUGAAAAGUAUCAACAGGUAAUUUCACAAGUUUUCCAAGACUGUGAAGGUGUUCAGAACAUAUCAGAUGAUAUAGUCGUACAUGGGAGGACAAAGGAAGAGCACGAUAUAAGGUUGAGGACAGUUUUAGAUAGAAUCCGAGAGAGAGGUCUUACACUCAACAAAGGAAAGUGUCAGUUUGGACUGAACAAGAUAACAUUUAUGGGACACAUGCUAUCGAGUAAUGGUAUUGGACCAACAUCAGAGCGUGUUAAAGCUGUUGUUGAGGCGACAGAGCCUACAUCCGCGUCGGAAAUAAGGAGUUUCCUCGGAUUGGUGAAUUUUAGUGCUAGGUAUAUCCCUCACUUAGCAACUGUAUCGGAACCUUUGAGGAAGUUAACAAAGAAGAAUGUUGUGUUCACAUGGGGAAAAGAACAACAGGACAGUUUUGAAAAGUUUAAGGGAAGUCUAGUCAAGGCAGAGACACUAGGACAUUUCAAACUUGACGUGAAAACACAAGUGGUGACAGAUGCUAGCAACGUUGGACUUGGUGCAGUACUCAUUCAGUACGAAGGAAAUGAUCCAAAAGUAAUUUGUUACGCCAGCAAAGCACUGUCAGAUGUGGAACGGAAGUACUCGACUACAGAGAAGGAAGCACUUGCUGUAGUAUGGGCUUUGGAGAAAUUUAGGUUAUAUCUCUACGGAAUCCAGUUUGAGUUGAUCACAGAUCAUAAACCACUUGAGGUAUUAUAUGGACCCAGGUCGAAGCCAAAUGCAAGGAUUGAGAGAUGGAUAAUGCGUUUAAUGCCUUACACAUUUACUGUAAAGUAUCAACCUGGAAAGAGCAACAUCGCUGACGCCUUAUCACGACUUGUUACUAAGGACAGAGAUGCUGAACCCGUACGAAACAAGCUAGAGUCUGAAACUAUAAACUAUGUUCGGUUUGUAGCAAGGGAAGCAACUCCUACUGCAUUGUCUACUAGAGAGGUAGAAGAGGCCUCCAAAACAGAUGAUGAACUGUGUGCUGUUAGGAAGUGCUUGAGUGCAGGUCGAUGGGACAAGUCAUGUACACAAUACUACCCAAUCAGAGGUGAGGUAUGUCAACUAGGCUAUUUAGUGCUACGAGGUACGAGGCUAGUAAUACCACAAGUGUUACAGCUGAAGUGUAUCAAAUUGGCUCAUCAAGGACAUUUAGGUAUUGUUGGGACCAAGCAACAACUGAGAACAAAAGUAUGGUGGCCGCACAUGGACAAGGAUGUCGAGAAAUACGUGAAAUCGUGCCAUGGGUGUCAGAUUGUUGACGGCAGUACACGUCCAGAAGAAAUCACACCAACACGAUUGCCAACAGGACCGUGGCAGGAUGUGGCAAUAGAUUUCAUGGGACCACUACCAUCAGGACAUUACAUACUAGUUGUAGUUGAUUACUACAGUCGUUAUUUUGAAAUUGAUGUCACGAAGGACACUUCAACUGAGAAAGUUGUUGAUAUUCUGGAGAACAUGUUUAGUCGACAUGGCCUACCAUGUUCGAUCACUUCAGACAAUGGUCCGCAGUUCAAGUCCGAGAUGUUCAAACAGUACGUGUGCAAUAACGGCAUAGAACACAGGCGCGUCACACCAUUACAUCCCGCGGCUAACGGUGAGGUAGAGAGACAGAAAAGGUCGCUACUCAAAAGGAUAAAGAUCGCGCAUGCAGAGUCCAAGAACUGGAGACAUGAACUCCGUACUUAUCUAUUAGCGUACCGUAGUACCCCACACAAGGUAACUGGAGUUUCGCCAGCUGAACUGAUGUUUGGACGAAAGCUCAGAACGAAACUGCCUCAGAUCGAGGAAAUGGGAAGAAAUACGGUUGAUGAAAGUGUACGCGAUAGGGACACAGAAAUGAAGUAUAAGAACAAGCUGUAUGUAGACAGAAAGCGUGGUGCAAGGGAAUCAGAUCUCGCGAUUGGAGAUGAAGUUUUGUUAAAACAAAACACACGACAAAACAAGCUUUCAACGCCAUUCCACAAUACACCGUUUAAACUGGUUGAAAAACGGGGAAAUAGCUGUGUAGUUGAAUCACAGGGAACUGGAGCGAGAUAUAAAAGAAACAGUACUUUUGUGAAACGUUACAACCCACCUAUGGAAUCACCAGAGACCCCUGGUAUGGAUACACCAGACACACCAGUGGAGACUAAGGAGGUAAUGGAUGCGUGUAAUGAUGCAAACCCAGUAUUCCCAAGCGUCGAGAAUUCUGAACAGCCUGAGGUUGUGGAAAUGGACCAGAGAUCAAUGGAGAGACCAGCAAGAUCUCGAGUGAUGCCAAAGAAAUUUGAUGACUUUGUUAUGGGCUAA